AUGUUCAAUCUCCGGUCGGUGGACGUAGAUGUAAAAGCCGAAACUGCAUGGGUUCAGUCUGGUGCAACUUUAGGUGAACUUUAUUACGCAAUCGCCGAGAAAAGCAAAACGCUUGCAUUUCCUGGAGGGCUUUGUGCGACAGUAGGUGUUGGUGGGCAGCUCGGUGGUGGUGGUUAUGGAGCUUUGUUAAGAAAAUAUGGUAUUGGAGAUGAAGACAAGAGUACUUAUAAGGCGAAAUCCGAUUACGUGAAAGAACCCAUUUCGAUAACUGGAUUAAAAGGAAUUUGGAAAAGAUUAUUAGAAGAAGAAAAGCCGGUCAUGGUAUUCGUUCCUUACGGUGGAAGAAUGGAAGAGAUAUCGGAAUCCGAAAUUCCGUUUCCUCAUAGGAAGGGAAAUAAGUUUAUGAUCCAAUACUUGGUGUAUUGGAAUGAACCAGGAGACACUAAAGGAGCUGCGCACCAUAUCAAGUGGCUUCGAAAUCUGUAUGCGUACAUGGAGCAGUAUAUUUCUAAGAAUCCAAGAACUGCGUAUAUCGGGCCGGUUUGGUAA